AGCACCACAGUGACGGGAAAAUUGAAAGGAACAAAAAUGGGUCUGGUGUUGAUGUUGUGAUGAGACGUGCGUGGUCGAGACGACUUUUCAUGGACUAAAGGACCCUGCUUCCUGACACAGGGCAUGGCGGAGUCGGAGAGACCGCCGGGGUGCGAUUCGCCCAAACCCGGGGGUGUCUUCUGGCAGCUGCUGUCUGCGGAUGGCACCUUCCGACUUCCCGAGGCCAUGAUCUUUGUGGGAAGCGCAGAUUGUGAUGUUCUUGUGAAGGCCAAGAGUGUGGACAAGAGGCAUGCGGUGAUCAUGUACGACUACUGCGACAAAAAGUUCAAAGUUAAGGAUCUCAACAGUGCUAACGGGACGUUCGUGAACGAGGCUCGUAUUCCGGUGCAGACGUACAUUCAGCUGGAGAGCAUGGACGUACUUCGGUUUGGCUUCGAUAUCCUUUUCACUCAAACAACAACUACUGCUUCAUUAUCAAAUUACGUCUUGUGCUCGCUUUUCAAAACUAAUUAAAAAUGAAAGCAAGUC